AUGACAACGGACUACGGAACAGAGGCCAUCCGCCGGCACCGCGAAAGCCGCGGCAAAGUAAGCAUCGCAUCCAAGAUGACGGUGGAAACGCUGGAUGACCUGUCCAUCGCUUACACCCCUGGCGUGGCGUCGGUGUGCAUGGCGAUUUAUGCCGACCCCGCUGAAUCCUACAACCUCACCAACCGGGGCAACACCAUUGCCGUGGUCACCGACGGCUCCGCUGUGCUGGGCCUGGGCAACAUCGGCGCCGCAGCCGCCAUGCCCGUGAUGGAGGGCAAGUCCAUCCUGUUCAAGGCCCUCGGCGGCGUCGACGCCUAUCCCAUCUGCGUCGCGUCCCAGGACAGCGAGACGAUCAUCAACACCGUGCGCGCCAUCGCCCCCAGUCUGGGCGGAGUAAACCUGGAGGACAUCGCCGCACCCAAGUGCUUCGACAUUGAGGACGCCCUGCAGGACCUGGGCAUCCCCGUCUUCCACGACGACCAGCACGGCACCGCCAUCGCGGUCUUGGCCGCCGUCAUCAACAGCUUGGCCGUCACCGAUCGCAAGAUCGAAGACUCCACCUUCGUAUUCGCCGGGGCAGGUGCGGGCGGCAUCGCCUCCGCCAAGCUGCUGCUCGAUUUCGGCGCGACCAACAUCAUCCUGGUCGACAGCGUGGGCAUCAUCCACCGUGGCCGCACCGACCUGACCCCCAUCAAAACCUCGAUGCUCGACAUCACCAACCCGGAGAACCGCACCGGCGGCAUCGCCGAGGCCAUGCGCGGGGCCGACGUGUUCAUCGGCUUGGCCGUUGCCGACAUGGUGACCCCUGAGAUGGUCUCCUCCAUGGCCAAGGACUCCAUAGUAUUCGCCAUGGCCAACCCGAUCCCGGAGAUCAUGCCUGACCUAGCCGAGGCCGCCGGCGCCGCCGUGGUGGGUACGGGCCGGAGCGACUUCCGCAACCAGAUCAACAACAGCCUGGUCUUCCCCGGCGUUUUCCGGGGGGCCCUCGAUGCCAAGGCCACCCGAAUCACCACCGGCAUGAAGCUGGCCGCCGGCCAGGCGCUGGCCGCCCUAGUCCCGGAGCCCACGCCGGAGCGGGUGAUACCGUGGUCUCUCGACCUCGCCGUAUCGGCAGCCGUGGCCAAGGCCUGCGCCGACGCCUGGGCCGCUGGCUGA